UAUGAAUUAACAUCAGGAAGAUGCUGAAAUAUUUGAUAUUCCUACUUCUAAGAGAAACUCUGAACUAACAGGUAGAGCUCUUUCAUCAACCAUCUUUGCUAUUAUAUACAAUUUUGGUUGGGGCUUACUUUUUUUGCUCUUUCGUCAUUAUAGUAAAUUCUGAUUUAUUUAAAUAAGAGAUGAUUAGUCUUGUGAUAGCAUCAAUGCUUGGUCCCUAUAUGCUGAAAUAUUUUUGUUUAUGAUGGCUGGAUAUAAAUUGUAAGAACUUUAUUUUUUAUAAAGAAUUAUUGAAUUACCAAUACAAUAUAAAACUAAUGGAUUUUGGAAAGAAAAAUUAUUUGAUGUAGUCGAUUAUAUAGAGUUAUUCUUUAACAUUAUAAUUUUAAUUGGUUUAACAGUAUUUCUAAUUGAUUUAAUUAAUAGUAUGCCUAUUUACAACAUGAAGAAUGCAUACAUUUAAGAAUGUUUAUUUUAAGUUAUUUGAUUGUAACCUACUUCAUAAUAUUCAUUUGGAUUUUGACUAUGAUAUAUCUUAUUUGCAACAAAGAUGAACAAUCUAGAAGUUCAUGA